UUCUCUUCGUUUCGACACAGGCGAAUUGCGUCGCGUAACCAACAUAGCGACCGGCGCUUUGGUGGAGUUUGACGUGGCACUCUGCUUUCACUGAGGGCGAUAGACAGGAGAGGACUCUGCCCAGUGUUCAGGUUGUCAAAACUUCAUUUUGGCAUGAGAAGACAGUAACAGUCAUUCCAUCAAAAUGAGUCAACAGGGUUAUGUUGCUGCACCCCCAUACUCCCAGGCCCAGCCAGGGAUGGGGGGCUACCAAGGUGGAUUUGGGAGUGGUCCUGCACAGCCCCUGUAUGGGCACUAUGGGGGACCACCUCAGGCAUUCACUGCUCCACCAGCAGGUAUGAUGAAAUCACCAGUUUCCUCUGCUGCUGGUAUGCCUCCACCUCCAGUGUCCAGUCAGUACAAUCCAAAUGUCCAGCAGAAUGGUGCUCAUCCACAAAGGUACCCUGCUCCACCAGCUGCAUCUGCUGCUUAUGGACAACCUCCACAGUCCCCAUACAACAGCAUGGCCUCACCUGGCCCACCUGCACCACAGCAGCUCACCAAUCAGAUGAGUGCUAUGAACUUGGGCAGCUAUGCCCCAGGACCCAUGCAGAGCCCUCCUCCACCAACAAGCUCUGUAGCCCAACAGCCUUUCCAGACACCUCCUCCACCAGCAAUGGGCCAGCCACAGAUGCCACCAGGCCCGCAGUCACCCCACAUGUCUCAACAAAUGUCCCCUCAGAUGUCUCCUCCACAGUCACCCCCAGCAAGCAUGCCAAUGGCAGGCCCACCACUGGCAGGCCCACUGAUGGUAGGCUCACAGAUGGCAGGCCCACCAAUGGGAGGCCCACCAAUGGGAGGCCCACCAAUGGCAGGCAUGGGUAGACCUUUCCCUGGGCCACCUCCUCCAGGUCCUGGAGGUUUCCAGCAGCCCAGUCCUGGAGCAGCUGGUCCACUAGGAUACCCACAGCAAGCAGGUCAGUUUGGGGGACAGAUGGCUGGGCCCCAGCCAGGCAUGCCAGGGGCCUUCCCUGGAGCACCGGCUUCACUGGCUGGCCCACCACAGAAGAAGCUGGACCCUGACUCUAUCCCUAGCAUUACCCAAGUCAUUGAGGAUGACCAACUGAAAAAAGGAGGACAGGUCUUCAGCACAAACAUCAGAGGACAGGUUCCACCACUGGUCACCACUGACUUCACAGCGCAGGACCAAGGCAAUGCCAGCCCCAGGUUCAUGCGCUGCACCACCUACUCCUUACCCUGCACUGCUGAUCUGGCCAAACAGUGCCAAGUGCCCCUGGCCUCCAUCAUUAAACCCUUUGCCAGUUUGCCAAAAGAUGAGACUCCUCUGUAUGUUGUGAACCAUGGUGAGACAGGACCCAUCCGCUGCAAUCGAUGCAAGGCCUACAUGUGUCCCUACAUGCAGUUUAUUGAUGGUGGUCGUCGCUACCAGUGUGGUUUCUGCAACUGUGUCAGUGAAGUGCCAGUCUUCUACUUCCAACAUCUUGACCACAUGGGCCGGAGGGUGGACUUCUACGAGAGGCCUGAGCUAUCCUUGGGGUCCUAUGAGUUUGCAGCCACCCUGGAUUACUGCAAGAACAACAAGCUUCCGAAUCCUCCUGCCUACAUCUUUAUGAUUGAUGUGUCCUACAACAACAUUAAAAGUGGCCUGGUCAAACUGAUAUGUGAUGAGCUGAAGACUCUGCUGGAGAAGCUGCCCAGAGAGGAAGGCGCAGAGAGCUCGGCGAUUAAGGUCGGCUUCGUCACCUACAACAAGGUCCUCCACUUCUACAACGUGAAGAGCGCUUUGGCCCAGCCCCAGAUGAUGGUAGUUUCAGACACGGCCGAGAUGUUUGUCCCACUGCUUGACGGCUUCCUCGUCAACUACCAGGACUCAAGGGCUGUUAUCUACAACCUCCUGGACCAGAUCCCUGACAUGUUUGCAGACACCAAUGAGAGUGAGACGGUCUUUGCCCCUGUCAUCCAGGCCGGCGUGGAGGCAUUUAAGGCAGCGGAAUGUAACGGAAAGCUCUUCAUCUUCCACUCCUCCAUGCCCACUGCUGAGGCUCCUGGCAAACUGAAAAACAGGGAUGACAAAAAGCUGGUCAACACUGAGAAAGAGAAAACUUUGUUCCAGCCUCAGAAAGGAGUUUAUGAGCAACUGUCAAAGGACUGUGUGGCACAGGGCUGCUGUGUGGAUCUCUUCCUCUUUCCCAGCCAGUACAUGGACAUGGCAACCAUGGCUGAUGUGCCCUCGCACACCGGAGGCUCCGUCUACAAGUACAACAACUUCCAGGUGGAGACAGAUGGGGAGCAUUUCCUGAGAGACCUAAGGAAAGAUGUGCAGAAGAGCAUCGGCUUUGAUGCCAUCAUGCGUGUCCGUACCAGCACAGGCUUCAGAGCCACAGACUUCUUUGGUGCCAUCCAUAUGAACAACACCACAGAUAUAGAGAUGGCAGCUGUGGAUUGUGACAAGGCUGUGACCGUCGAGUUCAAGCAUGAUGACACGCUCAGUGAGGAAACCGGGGCUCUCAUACAGUGUGCCUUGCUGUACACCACCAUCAGCGGCCAGCGACGCCUGCGUAUCCACAACCUCAGUCUUCACUGCAGCUCGCAGCUGUCAGAGCUGUACACGCGCUGCGAGACUGACUCACUCAUCAACUUCUUUGCCAAAUCAGCUUACCGUGCCAUAUUGAACCAACCUCUAAAGAAUGUGAGGGAGAUCCUGGUCAACCAGACAGCUCACAUGUUGGCCUGCUACAGGAAGAACUGUGCCAGCCCCUCCGCUGCCAGCCAGCUGAUUCUGCCUGAUGCUAUGAAGGUGUUCCCAGUCUACAUGAACAGCCUGAUGAAAACUGCUCCCUUGGUGGGCAGCACAGAGCUCUCCACAGAUGACAGAGCCCAUCAAAGGCUGUCGGUCAUGGCCAUGGGGGUGGAGGACACACAGCUGCUGCUCUACCCACGCCUCAUCCCACUGCACACCUUGGAUGUUAACAGCGAGGCUCUGCCUGCUCCAGUGCGCUGUUCAGAGGAGCGUCUCACCGACUCCGGCAUGUUCCUGCUGGAGAACGGCCACUCCAUGUUCCUGUGGCUGGGCCAAGCAAUCCCACCUGACCUCAUCCAGAGCAUCUUCAACCUGCCCUCCCUCGCACACCUGCAAGGACACAUGCCUGCGUUGCCGGAGCUGGACAACCCAUUGUCAAAGAAGGUCCGAUCUAUCAUCAAUGGCCUGCUUGACAAGAGGCCGAACUCCAUGAAGCUCCAAAUUGUGAGGCAGAGGGACAAACCAGAGAUGUUGUUCCGUCAGUUCCUAGUGGAGGAUAAAGGUCUGCAUGGCAGCGCCUCCUACAUGGACUUCCUUUGCUAUGUUCACCGAGAGAUCAGGCAGCUGCUCACCUAACCCAACAACGCUUGUCCUCAGUGUUCCCAUCCCAGACCAGCCUGGGAGAAACUCGGCAUCUAACGGACCAUGCACAAAUCUCACAGGGUCACUCUCAGUAGGUUCCGUUUGAAUCUUUAAGACAAAACUUUUUCACUGUUUUACAAAGACAGAAGAGGGAACAAGGAACCAGUGAGAGCCUUUUGAGACUCAACCUCCAGAGUCCACAGCUGCCUUUCCUACAUGCCUUUGUCAUCCUUUAGUAUACACACAGUAUGAUCUCCAAAUAACCACUUGUCGCUUGAAGAACUUCCAAGUAAAUCUGGAGGAAUGAAAUGGACAUAUCCAGCAUUUCCCGCAUAUACUUUGUGUGAUGGACUGUGGAGACUGGAAUGACAUCAGUGCCUGAGGCUGAAAUGCAUUUUGGCAUAAAGCCCACUGGCAUAAGCAAUACAGUAUAUAUCUCCACCGUGUUUCAAUUGAUUAAAGCGUUUUUUCAUUUCACUUUGUAGAUUUACAGGGUCUGGAUAAGACAAGGGGUUAUUUGUGGGCCAUACUGUAGAUGUUCACUUUGAAACUCAAUAAAAAGCUUGCCAGUGUUACUCUCCUGUGAAGGCUAAAUAAGUAAAGCAGUCUCAGUAACAACUUAUAAAAUCUUUUUUUAAAAACAAUAAACGCUCAAAUAAAUUUUAUAACAUUCAAAUAAUUUGAAGAUCUAUUUCUUAGAGAAAAAUGCAUUCAAAGUAACUUUUAAGCAGUGUAUCCACAGCACCAUGUAGUUAAUACUUUAGCAGAAACAAUGCCAGAAUAAAUGUCACUGAUUUGCCAGGACUGUCCCUGUCAUUACACCAUGAGAUAAUUCAAAGCAUUUGAUUCACACAUGCCCCCACCAAAAAUCAGAUUCUUUGACCAUUUAUGGCAGAGAUUUUAUCAUCACAAUGUGCAGUGAUGCAGAAAACAUCCUGUUGUGACGUUCUGAGAAUACAGUUAAAUCAACACAGCUGUGGCUCUACAUAAAGAGCAAGGACCAAUGAUACUUUUUACAGUGGAGUCAGACUAAAAACGGUUGUUUAAGGGAUACUUAUUUAAAUUUGUGGUGAGAAAGAGGAAUGGACCGCUAAUGAUACAAAGAGUCAUUAAAUAAAAAUAUUAAGCUUUUCCUUCAAGCUGUCACAUUAAACAUUAUGAUUUGUUCUUGUUGGAGUGAUUCAUCUUGACAAACACUAGCAAACAACCUCCAGCAAUGUCAUUUUUUUAAAAUGAAAAACAGUGCCAGCAGACUUUCAGAGCAAACAGAAAAAAAAAUACAAAUCAGACUUUGGCUCAUUGUUCAAGCUCCAAAAUUAAGUCAAAUCUUGUUAGACUGAUAACUAUAAUCUGCAAAACUGUCUUUAAUGAUAAUAUAUAACAUUUCAGCCAUGGGUUUCAGUACAGUUAUAGCAUCAUACUGUAUUGCCUUGCCUGUUUUUAUAGAGGUAAAUGCUUCUGUGUAAUUCAUGUACUUCAUUUGAUCAAUAUUGUAUGAUCUUGUAUGUGUGUGUGUGUGUGUGUGUGUGUGUAGCCCAUGUUGUCUUUUUGUACAUGAAAAUGCGCAACUUGUGUUUUCAAAAUAUUACCAUCUGCCUUAAGUUGAUAUAAUAGUUGUGAAGAAAUAUGUUAAAAUGUAUAUGGCCUGGAGGUUUAUGGCUGAUUUCAAUCUGUUUGGUUUGUAUGCAAACUUAUCUCAGGUAAUUUGAGUACCUUACUAUUUUCAGUUGGAAGCAGUGAGUUGAGUUGAACUGGAAAGAUGGAUGGUUGUUUUUUGGAGUCGACUUGUGGGAAUUCAUGGGCUUGGUGUGCCAUGUACAUUUAUUCCAAACCCUAAACAUACCUUUGUCUAAUUAAAUCCUUGACUCUAA